AGGUUUGUUCUGUGAGCUUUAACUGAAAUCCGCUGUGAAGUUUGCAGCUGAAUGUGUUUAAAAACUGCUUUUAGUUUGUAGUUUGACUGUGAGCGAAUCCCCCGUCUGACAUGUGGUCAUGCAAACAACCAAAGAAGAAGAAACAGAAACACACAGCAGCUCCUCCUUCCUGAUUAUUUGCCUCCAGUCUGAGCAGCAUUUGAUCCAGCAAAUUCUGUUCUCACAGUAUGAAACGUGUGCUUUAGCCCCUAAAAAGCAGAGUGUAAGUCCAGCUCUGCAUGAGGGACGAGCUGCAGUGUCUCUUCUUCUGUGGUAUUUGUAUCAGUAAGAACACAUGGGGAAAUUAUUUUGAUAAUAAUAAUGAUAAUAAAACUUCUAACAUUAUUUUUGUACAAGAGCUGGAGCUCAAAGUGCUUCUCAUAAAAAGUUCUUUUGGCUCUUUGGUGCUCAAAGCGGAAGUGCAUCCUUUCCUGUGCGCGUGACAGAAUCCUUCAAAAGAAACGAGAGAUUCUGUUGGCGUCUCGGUGGAUCUUCGUGUUUGCGGAGCUCGAACGCACACCUGAGUUCGGUCCCCGCAGGCUUCGUGUUGCCUGAAUGUCCGGCGGCAGAGAAACCGGUGCAGUUCGCCGUCUUUCUGCAGAAGCUACCGCUUUGAAAAGAAAAUAAAAAAUAGUGAAACAAGUCUUUGUAUCGCAGCAGCGGGUCUCGGCCGUCUUUGAAGCCGCUUAAUUUGAAUACUCCAGGGGGAGAAGGAGCGCAGAGCAUUUGAUCUCCAAGGUAAAACAUGCUGCGCUGAUGGGCUGCAGUGGAGGAGUUGAAGGUUAUUAGAUCGAAUGGAGGCGGAUGAGGCCGAGCUGUCGCACGCGGUUUGAACGCGGCCGCUCUGAAGCCCUUGAUGUCGGCGGUGAUGAGGGACAUCUGUGAGGACAUCUCAGACCAUGUGGAGCAGAUUCACGCCCUGCUGGAGACGGAGUUCUCUCUGAAACUGCUGUCCUACUCGGUCAACAUCAUCGUUGAUAUCAGGACGGUGCAGCUGCUGUGGCACCAGCUCAGAGUCUCAGUUCUGGUCCUGAAGGAGCGUCUGCUGCAAAGCCUGCAGGACUCCAACGGAAACUUCACCCGCCAGACCGACAUCCUGCAGGCCUUCAGCGAGGACCAGGACCAGAACCGUCUGGACGCUCUGACGGAGGUGGACGACUGUGGUCAGCUGACCAUCCGCUGCAGCCAAGACUACUUCUCUUUAGACUGCGGUAUCACCGCCUUCGAGUUGAGCGACUACAGCCCUGGUGACGAGCCUGAGGCCCGGGGAACUGAGCCAGGCGUCGAGGACCCAACUCAGGAUCUGGACCAAGCCCAAGACUCAAACCCGGAGCUGGAGACAGAGGAGAGCGAAGGAUCCCGCCUCUUAAACCACAAACUCCCCUCACCUGGUGACUCAACAAACCACAACCAGCCUCCCUCAGUGUUACCCACAAUGCAGUGUGCCACGCCCAACCACAGUGAAAGUGCAAAGCGCCCCCUGCAGGGAGUGAGUCACAGCACCGACGUGUCGCCCUCACAGCCGUCGCUUCCCAAGAGAGCCGCUCUGUUCUCAGACGCAGGAAGCCGGGUGGAGAGCUCAGGGGAUCUGGGGAAGGAUAACCCAGAAUCCGGCCUACAGUUUCAGACCGAGUUGAGCCGGAGCACCCCUUCUCUCAUGGAUCCUCCAGACCGCUCCAAGUUCUGGUUGGAACUGGACUCGGUUUAUCCCGAAAAUGUUUCACAGUCCUAUGAAAGUCUGCAGGUCAUGAACAUUCGCAACCUCCAGAGAAGCCACAUGAGCUCCAGACCAGGAGGAGGCUCACAGGGGAGUGAAGAAAGCCCGCUGCCCGACCCGAGGAGCUCGUCUGGGGCCAGACUGACCACUGUCGCCCCCCUGCCUCUCCAGGACCCGCUGCCUCAGGGUGAAAUUUCAAAGCAAAUGGAGAGGACGCAGAAGAAGACACAUGUGCACAGUGAGGGGGACUCGGACUCCUCUUUGCCCUCCCCCAUGAGGGAGCAGUUCCUCUCCUCAGAACUGGAGGCGUCCGGAGAGGAGUCAGAACCCCGACCGCCUCCCGGCAAGACGGCGGUCUGGAUCGUGAAGCGCCAGGGGCAGAAGGGGGCCCAGGACUCAUCUAAGGCCAGCCCGGAGAAGGAGCACUGGUACGGGUCAGAAGAGUUCCUGGCCCUCCCCGCUCAGCUCCGUAAGACGGAGAUGCUUGCUAUGAAACUGGAAAGUCUGGCUCAUUCCGUCCCACUGAGGCCUGGUGGCUGUGACCCUACCCAGGAGGCUUUGCAGGACGUGGAUGACUGGGAUUUGACGGAGCUCAACGCAGACUGGGACGUCGGGGAGAGCGGAGACGACGUUCCUUCUCCCCUGCCACUGCUGCUUUCCUACAGACGAAACCUCGUCAGCCGCUUCAGUCCCACCUCCUCCAGCGAUAUCGCUCCCUCAUUGGAUGAAAGCAUCGAGUCCGGUCCCCUAAGUGACCUGCAGUCCGAAGACGAUGAGGGACGGAGGUCCGCGGAGCGCCUGCAGCCGACAGCGCCCCCGGUGGACGGGCGUGGAGGUUUGUCCCUGGUGCAGCAGCUGCUGGAGGACAUUCAGAGUCAGGACAAUGACCCCAACGUCUGGAAGAAGAUAGAGAGUUUUGUGCAGCAGCUGGACGGGUUCAUCUCGUGGCUGCAGGAGGCGUUGGACAGCACAGAAAACUGGACGCAACCCAGACAGGAGCUGGACAGCCUGAGGGUGUACCUGGACACACACCUGAGCUUCAAGCUAAACGUGGACAGUCACAGCACACUGAAGGAGAGCAUCCUGGAGGAAGGCAGAGCUCUACUGUGUGUCAUCACCUCCCACCAAUCAGGUCUGAAGGAUAUCCUCCAUAUGGUUUCUAGCCAAUGGGAUCAGCUCCAGCGCCAGAUCCGGCGCCAACAUGGCUGGAUGCUCCGCGCCCUCCGCUGCAUCCAGGCCCGCCUCCUCUACACCACCCAAUCACACGAGCUGUUCGCGGCCUCUGGGGAGCCGUCGACCAAUCGGCAGGCUUCGUGCCCAGCGGAUGGCCUCAAGGCCGAGCUGAUCUCCAGUCAGUGUGAAGCCCAGCGAGCUGCCCUGGAGCAGAUGGCGAUCAAACUGAGCUGCCUGCAGUACCCCUCCACCACCAGCAGGAGGCACUGCAGCCAGCUGGCCAGGAACAACAGUCUGCAGGAGUUUGAGGCUGAGUACCAGGAGCUCUGGGAUUGGCUGAUGGACAUGGACGCCAUGGUGACGGACAGUCACCAGCUGAUGAUGUCAGAGGAGCAGAGACAUCACCUGUUCAAGAGCAGCCACGCUGAGCUGAUGAUGAUGGAGACCAGGAAGACCAGCCUGCUGGGCCGAGCAGAGUCUCUGAAGAGGAGCGGGACCGAACUGCCCGGCAACUUCCACCACAAAAUACACAACCUGACACACACGUGGAGACAGCUGGAGAACAUCCUCUCAGAGCAUUCGGGGCCCAGCUCGUCCCAGCAGAACCAGUCAGCCAGCUCGAACUCCCUGCUGGUCGCCGGUCGAGGCGUCGCCGGGGAAAACCCUCGCUCGGCCCUCUCCCCGCUGACCAACUCGCUGCUGGAGCAGCUGGAGGCUCGAAUCAAAGAGCUGAAGGCGUGGCUGCGAGACACCGAGCUCCUCAUCUUCAACUCCUGCCUCAGACGGCACAAAGACGCGUCGGAGCAGCUGCAGAGCUUCAAGUCUCUGUGCUCGGAGGUGCGAGCUCGACGCCGAGGAGUCUCGUCUGUGCUGAAACUCUGCCAAAAGCUGCUGCAGCAGAGCCAGUCGGGCCCCAUGGCGGAGGUGGGCCCAGAGGCGGAGCAGCACUGGGAGGCCCUGCAGCUGCUGUCAAUCAACCUGGAGAGGAGGUGGGAGGCGAUCGUGAUGCAGGCGCUGCAGUGGCAGAACAGACUGAAGAGAGAGCUGGGAGAGCAGCAGGUUCCUGGGAAUUUUCUGGAACCAGGUCUCGUGGACCUCCACCAGAUCAGCCCAGUCCCAACUGGUCCAGUGGCACUGCCUCCAGAUGACUCCUGGGAAUGGGAUGAGACAGAUAUGACAAUCACAGAACCAGACUCACGAGAAGUACCAGAACCCGAUCUCACGCACAAUCUCCCCACAAAGUCAAAUCUGCUUCCUGACAGCAUUCUGUCCAAUGGGAGUCAACCUGACAGGAUUCAAACUGCUGUACCAGCCUGUCAGUGUCCAGAGAUGAUGUCCAGUGUGAGGGAUGGAUCUACAUCACAGGUUCAGCCCAGUGUGAUGCCCCAAAAUUUUCUUCCAAACAACAAUAACAUCUACCAGGUGUACAGCCUCCAUACUGUGGAAUUGUACAGACAGCCUCAGUUUCCUCAUACUUCCUCCUCACUUCACAAAACCAAAUCAGGAAAACGGAAACAGCAUGUCCUGCUGAAGAGCCUGAGUAAAGACUCUUCGUUCUCUUCCAUCGAGUCCCUACCGGACCUCCUGGGAGGUUUGAUGUCAGACAGCCAAGGAAGAGAUAGAAUCAUCGGAUACCGUGAUGGGGACAGUGAGAGGGAGGGUGGCAGAGGAAGUGGCCAGUCGGUGAGCAGUCGACGGUCAGAGAGCGAGAGCGGCAUUGUUAGCGAUACAGGAGACAUGGAGACAACAACAACAAACUCUGAAAUCCAGGGAGAGGAAGAGGAUCAGGGAGAAGAGGACGGGGAAAAUGAGCAGAGGAAAGGUGAAGCUGAAUAUGAACAUUUGGCCCUGUGCAAAGACAAUGCAACCAGGUGCGACCAAAGAAGAACCAAGAACGAUGACAACAUGAAGGAGGAAGGAUGGAAGAGAGAUAAAAUCAUAUGUGAAAGCAGAGAAAACAGAGCAGAGGAGAAAAGGAGGAGGCACCGGAGGGGAGGAGGUGAAGCAGUUGAGAUCCUAAUCAAUGGCCGUGGGAUCCUGACUCCCGCUGACUCUGACUCUGACUAUGAGGUGGGAGGGCUCAGUGUAGACUCCUCCAAGCCUUUUAUGUCCCGCAGUGACAUCACACAGUUCAAACUUGACCACUUUAAAGGUUUGGAAACGCCCCCUGCUCUCAGCCGCCAGGCAUCAAGUGCAGAAUUAUCUCAAGGCUCCUCUCUGGAGUCUCUUCUGGCUCUGGGUGUGGAGUUAUUCCCCUCCAAAGACCUGCUGCAUCGUAGCGCCUCUCUGGAGAGCUGUCUGGCCCCGUGCCGUAGCACUGAAGAGGAUGCCGGAGGCAGUCUGGCCAGUCUGGGGGAGCUGGACCUGGGGCAGAGCGGAGAGGUGAAUGCAGGUGAACCAGGGAAACGGAAAAAGGAUGAACAUGUGCCAGGAGAUCCAUCCUCUGGGGAGCUGAGCCGAAGAACUCUUGAUCUCCUGAAACGCCUGGAGAAUAUACAGAGUCCUCUGGCGGCAAAAAUGACCCGCAGUGUGUCUGACAUGACGCUUCGGAGCAGCUCCCCACAGCGGAGCAGGCUCUCAGCCUCACCCUCACUUGGUGGUCGACAUGCCCCUCUUUCCGGGAUUUCAGACCCUUCGAGGAAAGGACCACCAUCCCUGAUCAACGAGAGCUCAGCAGCAGCAUCGCUGACGGAGCUGAGUAGCACAGAGGACUCAUCGUUGGGGUCAGAAGACUUCGUUAUGCUCAGAAACCAACGCCACCUCUACCCGGAUCCCACCGUGGCAGCCAAUGGUAACUCAAGUUCUUACAGGAAACGUUGCCAUGGAAACCACCGAGGAGGACAAGGCACGGAUGAAGCAGACGCAGCGAGUUUGAGCCUGGUGGUGAACGUCUCUUGUACGUCCGCAUGUACAGAUGAAGACGAGGACGACAGUGACCUUCUGUCUUCCUCCACCCUCACACUCACCGAGGAGGAGCUUGGUGUUCGGGACGGGGAGGAUGAAGAGGAGGAGGGGUUGAGCGGAGCCUCAUCUGGUAAUGAGAACGAUGAUGACGAUGAUGAAGAGGAGAUGGAGGGAUCUUACGUCCUGGGACUAGAGUACAUGAAAAGGGAGCUUCAGACUUGGAUCCGGUCUCCUCGAACCUCAUCUUGCACCUCCUCUAAAACAGAGGCUGGCCUCUUAGACGAGCUGCAGUGUGGAGCCAACCUCUCCUCCACCAUCACCUCCUCCUCUCAGAACAACGACCAGCACUGUUUUCUGAACCGUACAGCCCCAAAAUUAAUAGAAACUAACAGCGGCAGCAACAAAACGAAGACAGAUCAUAAAGAACAGGAAGAAGAGGAGGAGAACCGGAGGAAUGCAACAAGAAGCUACAUCAGCCAGUUUGUGGAUGACGUGGAGAAUGGAAAUGUGGACCAGAGCUGUUUGAAAGGCAAAGAUGAGGACGAUGAACUCCUCCGAGAGGAGUCAAGCGUAUUCACAAAGAAAGGAGAGGCACUGAGGGAGUCUUAUGUGUUUGCCAAAACAGGGGAGUCAGUUCAGGAUGUCAGUGACUUGAUAGUUAAAACAGAAUCAAACUCAACAAAGCAGCUUUCUUCAUCUCCAUCCUGUGAGCUCCUCCCCUUCCUAUCCAAACGUGCUUCCUCUUUAGUAGGACAGCUGAGAGGGGAGCUGCCCUGUCACAGCUCCUCCCUCGCCUCGCCUCCUUCCCUUUCGCCUGUUGAGGACUGCAGAUCCCAUGAUGCCUUGCAAAACAACAGGCCUCCUGCCAGAGGACGGAAGGCCAUCACCAUUCAGGAAAAGUUCAAAUUCUCGUCUUUUGUGACGGAGGAGACAAAGAGGGAAGUUAGAGACAAAAACUCGUCCCUUCCUCCCAAAAGAAGGCCCAGUUCUCACACCUCCUGCUGUAACCACCUUCCCUCCCCCUCUCCCCUCCAUCCGUGCAGUGUAGACGAGGGCAAAAAAGAGAACGUACACGACUUUGUCAUGGAGAUUAUUGACAUGACCUCACUGGCACUGAAGAGCAAAGAGAAUCAGCCUGAGGAGCCGAAGCAGAGCGACAAGAGGGGGUCCAUCCCAGACCAAAGUCCUGCAUCGCUGUCACAGAUCAGAGACAAGGUCCUUGAACACUCCCACCGGCCUCUCCACCUCCGUAAAGGGGACUUCUACUCCUACCUGUCUCUCUCCUCCCAUGACAGCGACUGUGGCGAGGUCAGCCAGUGCUCCGAGGAGAAGAGCUCCACUCCGGUUCCCUACAGCAUCCCGACUUACGUCACGCCAACACAAGGCCUCCACAGCCCGAGCCCUGAGCUCUUUACGAGCACCAAACAGCAAACAGCACCCUGGAACUCAACUCUGUCUUCCAAACACUCCAAGAACAACGUCUGUGCUCUCAAUCUGAAGCCCGCUGAUCGCCAAACUAACAGUCCUGAAAAUGUUAGCCACACUGAAGGGCUGACUAGCCCAUCUGUAUCCCUGCCCCCGAGCCCAGACAUCAGGGAUGAGGAGACCCUGUUUGAAGCGUGUACAGAGGAGGUUUACCUGGGCCCUCCUCUCUGCUACAGCAUGGUGCUCACCAAGAAACCACGAAGGUUCUCUCUGGACACUGGCUAUGAACUGAGCAACAGUCUAGCUUACUUGUCUGGCUCAAAACCAAACCAUAGUCUUCAAUAUUUGUCUCAAGAUGGGCCCAGUUCCAAACCAGUCGAUUGUCCGAGCUGCCUGUCUCCUUCAAGGGAGUCUGUGUUGCAUAGAAACCAGGAUCAGCUAUAUUUCCAAGGAUCUGGUCUCACUGAGGAAACACAGAGCUCCUUCUCUUCUUUCCUGGAGCCUUGUUACAGCUCAUUCUCCACCUCCUCGCCCUCAAACUGCAUCUCCGCCUCUCUCCAGGGGCCUGGCUCAAAACCAGAAGAUGACAAGCCUUCCUCUCCUCCCCUUGUGUCCUCUGGCGCUGAGGAAAAGAGGCGAGGUGAGGACCCGUACCUCCUCUGUGAUGUCGCUGGAGGAGAAGUCGCGGCCGCUGCGAGUGUCAGCUCGCUGCAGGAGGAGAGGAGUCGUAAUGAGGGGCCUCCUUAUCUUAAUCCCCGGGCGCGUGUCGCCCCGAUAGACUCCUCCGCAGCCAAAUGUUUGGCAGAUACUGAAAUGCUUGAAUCCAAUAUGGGCGCCGUAAUGACCAAGAUAAGUGUCUGCAGCUCCGCUACAAAUCCCUCAAAAGAGCCAGCCACCACCGCCACGCGUAUUAAUCCCAAAAUUAACUGCUCGGCGAUGAGAGAGGCAGAUAGGGAGGAGAGGGAGAUGCGAGGAGAGGUGGAUGCUCGGCAGGUGAAGGAGGAGGAGAAGGGGAGGAGAGGGCGAAGCGGCUCACAGCAGGAAGCAAAGACUGCGGCAGAGAAGCAGAUGAGGUCUCAGUCAGCUUUCCAUCGUGCUAACAGAAAAGCAUCAGGCCGGAGCCAAGCCUCAGUGAGACCGCCCACCUCGAGGCCAGUCAGAACACUACCUGUGUUGGGAGCAGGAAGCUCCAGGAUCCAGCUGUAAGGAAACGCUCCCCUCCUCCUCCCCCUCCUCGUCCUCCUCGUCCUCCUCCUCUUCCUCCCUGAGCUCACCUUUUUCCUUUGGUUCCUCUUUCUGACUGCCUCCUCUCGGCUCCUGGAGUCCUUCAGCCCCCCCCCCCCCCCCAUCUUGAUCUCCCAAAUCUCACUGCUGUAGCGAAUCAUUAAGAAACUGGACUGAAAACUCAUCCAGUAGUUUCAGGGUCACCAUAAAAGUGUAAUUUUCAAAAUAAUAAUGAGUCUGAUUUCAGGGUUGAUCUUGAAGGGUUCAUUAGCAAAAACAGCUCUCUCCAUUUUGAUUUAUUCACCUAAAUCUUGUUUUUCAAAUGUACACUCCAGGGAAUAUCAAUCAAACUGGGUGUUUCAAUAAGAUAUCUCAAAUUUUUCACUUUUCAUAAAUUGUUUUUUCGUUUGUUUUCUUGGGUUUUUUUUACUGUGCAGUCAAAAGAAUACCAGUCAAACUGCUUAUAUCUGUUUUUGCAAAUGAACUUCACUUGUGUCCACCAAGUUUCUUUAGGACUUUGAGGGUUUGGGUGUGCAAAUUUCUGACUUCAGUCUGUGGAAAAUAUGCAGAAUUGACAUCAAAAUACAGUUUUGACAUGAUUAGUUAAGGACGGAAACAUCAUCCACACAAGUAUGCAACGCUCGCCCAGACGGCUCACACACGCUGAACACACGUGUGUGAGCUUAUGCACUGGUGAAGGGAGCUGACGUCAGGCCUCAAGGGGGCGAUGAAGAGCAUUUAACAUGAAUAAAACUUUAUAACAUUAGCUGAUCCCACGCUGCUUCACUACAUCAUCGAACUACGUUUUUUUGUUCUUAUUCAGAGCCCCGAGUGUCAGAUGUUACAACACGUCCAUCAUGCAGACGUGUUCUGUGGGAGCCUCAUCAAACUGGUCAGCCGAGGUUGUUGAGAGCGAAGGGCGGCUCACCAGUAGAGCCACUGGCUCAGACUGCAGCUCGAGCCUCCUUCCAUGAGAUGGAUCUCGUGUGGGUCAUGUUUCUGUCCUCAGAGAAGAUUUGAGAAUGAAGAAGAAAACAGCUAUCAUGUAGUCAACAUCCACUGAAGUGUGACUGUCAAGCUGGGACAAUGAGUUGUGAUGUGAUCCAUCAGUUUCAGGAUGGAUACAGAGUCUUUGGAGAAGGUGAAUUUACAGCAUUUAAAUCCCAUACUUCUGGAGUGAAGGCAGCCCAGAAGCAGCUCAGUCCUUUGACUAGCUUCACAUGAACGUAAUUUUCUGAUGACGUUUUGGUGCAUCACGGUCACAGAGGUCAGACUGCAGCACCUGAACUUUUGAACGGCACCAAUGCAGUGGGCCGAGUCGGAGCUGGCGCUGAACUGACCUGGGAUCAGCCGGGUUUCGCAGGUUUGUUGUGAACACCCCGUUAUCUUCUAUACACGCUGUUCAAACCAUACGCUGCAGUGUUUGUAGCACCAGUAGCAUGUUACUCCCUGAAAACAACACGUUGCGUCUGUACAUGAUGUCAGUAUUCACAGUCUGUAUUCAUGUCAUCUUCUCACAGUUGUGGGUGUGGUAGAAAGCCGUAGUAUCAGCACCACACUGCAGCCUGUGCAUUACCAGUGUUGUGCAGCUCAGCAGACAAACUGUAAUACUGGCUUCACAUGAUCCCAGGGCCUCUAUUAUCUGAGAACCAAGCUGCUUAAAGCUGCUUUGAAGAAAUGCUUAAAGAAUGGGAAGAAGCUGCAUUGUCUUAUUGAUAUGCCAAAGAUUGUGGAAGCUGAGUUAGUGUUAAUGAAAGCUCUGAAUGUUAAGACGGCAUUAGAAGACUCACAUUUGUAUUAUCAGCCCUGUGGAACUUUGUGCGACAGACAAAGAGGCCAGUAAGUUGCAUCACACUGUGUUUAUAGAAGCUAAAACUUCAAAUAUCACAACUGAACAGUAAUACAGAGGAUGUGUGCUCAUCACACACUGCUGAGCGCACGCUGGCACACUGUGAUUUAGUCAUGCAGCUGUGUUGAAUUAGACCUGGAGACUGUCGUCACUGGAAGGACAACAGCAGCGGUUGUUUAUUUAAACACAUAAUCGACUGAUAUUUCUGUGUGAAUUCUUAUUGGUCAGGAGCAAAGGUACAACUCGAUGUGCAGAAGGCACGACACGCAUUGUCAUCAUCCAGGCAACGGAGGGGUAAUAUUAUGUCGCUUACUUUAGAGGAUCUGUUUGUUUGUUAUUUGUUACUUGACCGUGAUGGACUUUAAGUGUUGUACUAAUACUUUUACUCUACUUUAACAUGGAAAGGGUAAAAAUAUUACUGCACAGUCGAGGAAGCUGUGAGCUUUGACACCUGUGUUCACUCACUGGCUGAGUAUUUGAUUGGGCCAAGUGGAGCGAAUGGGGACCAGUUAGUUGUUUUGUCGUAUCCAGACACAAAAACGUGUUGUUAGAAAUGAUCUACGAGGCACGCAGCAGGAGUAAAGUCGGCGUUUGAAUACCUGCUGGCUGAGCGCGUCACCGCUCGGAGGUCAAGCUUUUUGGAGUAGAGGAUUUGACUGCUUUCUGGCUGACGCUGGUUCUUAAACCUUGACAACUCGUGAAGCUACAAGCUGUGUCGCAUUUUUCACAACCCGUCAGUCAGGCCGUCCCCGACUCAAGGCCCCUCCGGAUGGUGUUGACAGCCCGACGUUGUUGCUUUGUCAAACGUCCACGUGCAGCGUGUUGGUAGUAAACUCUGAAUCGUCUAACUUUGUUGAUGACAACAACCUGAACAUAACCUCUAAGUCUCUUCCUGAGCGAAGAGGUGGUGAUGAUACCGUGGUGGCUCUUCUGAAGACCGUUUCAUCAGGGGAAGGGCAGGUUUAAUUUGCUGCCCCUCCAAAUGUAGUGUGUUUUUCCUCCCAUUGGAUUUUACCAUUUUGUCAUUCAUUUACGUGCAACUUUUUGGUGGUAAACUCCAGCUUUAAAAGUGGAUGAGAGCUGCCUGAUUGUACCCGUAGUUUUGCGUGGAAACAGGAAGUUUUGAUGCUCCUUUUGGAGAAGCUUGAAGAGAACUCAUUUUUCUGCAAAUGUGCUUUGUCAGUCCAGUUGGCACAGGUUAGUGGUAAAAUUAUCCAACUUCCCAUCCAAGUGAUUCAAAGAGAGGCAAAGUGAUGCUGCUGUGGUGAAUCCUCUGAAGACCUUCACCAGUUCAUCCUUCGUCACCUUGAAACGGCUUCUUUUUGUGACCAACCAUCAUGUCGAGGUCCUGAUUUUAGAUUUGGUGAUGGUUGUACCUGCUGCUAUGGUGGUGUAAGAAAUCGCUGUGCUCUGAAUUGGUGGGAAUAUUAGUCACAGCCAUCAGGUUAAAGCACCACGUGUCCAAAAACGAAAAAUAUUACACACAAGGUGAUAUUUUAUCUAUGCAACACAACCAAAGUUGUUGUGUAGGCGUUAAGGUUUGACGACUGUUGAUGGGGACGUGUGUUAUUAUGAAUACUGCUGUAUGUAUGUACACCACUACUGUACCAUGUAUUGUUAUCCUUUUUCAUUUUCUAGAAAUGAGGAUUAGCAUUGACGCUGGGUUUGGGAUUGGUGUUCAGACAGGUGAGUGUAGGACAAAAUAGGGUUUGAGAUCUUUAAAAUAUAAUUGUGUGCCUUGCUCUACUGUUACUACUUCUACCUUUUUUGUUAAGUCAGACCACAGCUUUCCCAGUUAGGUGAUGAAAACAUGCAACAAAAGCUAAAAUGAGAAUCGAUUUAAAGCAAGGUUCAAGUCGAGCUUGUGUAAAUAUGUGAAGGUGUAAAACGCAGAGGGAAGAAUGCUCGGUGUCUGUGUUUAUUUAACUCUGUGUGUGACCUGUGAUGUGGAAUAUCUUUAUUAUUAGUAUUGGCCAUAAAGAGCUUGACUGCAUGGUUCCUGUGAACUACAAUGUAAAACCAACUGUUGACAAAUAAACUUAAUUUAUUGGAA